AUGGCCGUGCAACCCAGCGACGACGAGUUUGGCUACGACUUUGAAACCGACGACGAGGAGCUUCUCAUCCAACUUGCUUCGACUCACUCGCCGCCGCUCAAGUCGACUGAUGAUGUGAAUCGAGCCAUUGUCCAGAAGACAAAUACAGAUUUCGAGGCCCCGGGCGAGAUCAAAUCCUCUCAGAAAUAUGCCUACCGCAACUAUGCGUCACCAUCAAAUGGGUUUGCCAUAGAGGAAGAGAUAUCGGUAGACCAGAACCAGAGCAUCUCGUCUCCUCCUUCUGUCAGUACGGCCAUCGCUUAUCCCGAUCUAACCACUGCUCUACAAGCAAUUAAACCCAUCCAGUCACCCCCUCUUACAGAAAUCGGCGACGAUGAUGAGCUUGAAUUCGAGGACGACCGUUCCCCAUUAAAGCGGUUUCGCUCAUUUCCAAAGAGGCCGCUAACUGUAAGCGACCUGACUGCUGGAGCAUGGUGCGAGCUUCAGUACUGGUAUACACUCACACGGCUACCUGGUGGACGGAAAACUCGAACACCAGCAAUGCAACAAGGGUCCAAAGUGCACAAGAAGCUUGAAGACGAGGUUCAUACGACGGUCAAGGUUGAGAUUCUAAACAAGGAGGAUGGGUUUGGGCUGAGGUUAUGGAACCUGGUCCAAGGGCUAAGAACAUUGCGAGAUACGGGUUUGACGAGGGAACUGGAAGUUUGGGGCAUGGUGGACGGCAAUCUGGUCAACGGCGUCAUUGACGAUCUCAGCUACGACAACCCCAAUCCAGAGUUUGAGGAAGAACUCUCCAGCCAAGGAUCCCAACCCAGUCAGAACCAGUCAAUGAUAUCAGACUACUUCUCAGGCCUCAAGCCCGGCAAGCCAAAACGCAACAACCGCCAAGUCUUCCUUUCGGAUGUCAAAACACGGGGCACUACGAAACCUGUAUCAGCAGCAACCGUCCGACCUGCAAAGAUUCAGUUGCUUCUCUACCAUCGCUUUCUAUCCAACAUGGCCGCCGGCGAGCUAGACUUCUUCAAAGUGUUUAGGCGAUACGGGCUAGAUGCCGACGAGCGCUUCUCGGACACCUUCAUGUCGCAAAUCGGAGAGCUCCACGACGAAAUCUUCUUCGACACCCCCACUAGUUCGGCCGAAGAAUUCGAGCAGUUCAAAAGGAACGCAGCUAAAGGAAAGGCCGCUCAGGACAGCAACUCCACCGCUAUCCCCGAGCCGUCAUCCUCCGGCGUGCCCGACCUCCUCAAGUACGGAUCCCUCCGCGAACUCGUCACCCUCGUCGAGGACGAAAUCCGGCUCACCUUCCCGCGCGGCGCAGAGUCCAUCGGCUCUAUUCUCCGUGUGCAGUACGUCUUUCGGGAUGACGGUCGCGAACUUACGACUGUUGAUUUCCCCGUUUCGAAGCAGACUUUGGAUGCCUAUCUCGCUGGGGACAUGAGCUGGUGGCGCGGCGAGAGGAAACCUGCUGGCGUGACGAUCGAGGAGGCGUUCAAGUGUACGUCGUGCGAGUUCGCGCCGAGCUGCAAAUGGAGGCGCAACAUGGAUGAUGAGCGGGUAAAGAGCGCUCAGGAGAGAGUCAACAAGGGGAAGAAGGUAAUCGAGACACGAUUUUAA